GCAAACCUGUCCGGUCGUACCCAAAGUUUCAAACGAAUUGAAAUCGAAUUCAACGACAAUGGCCGGAGCGACUGUAUGUCUGUGCCUAGCUUUAUGCGCCUUCGUAAUCCUUAGUAUAGAAAGUGCGGUGAUAAAAAUGCAAGAUAUUCCUCUAAAACCAGGUGUUACUAUGAAGAUCGUGAUAAAAGACGACCCAAAACACGAAGGCGGCGUAGUGGCAUCAAUAAAAAUUGGUAUGGACGAGAAGCCAAAAACUGAAAAGGUAUUUUCAAAGCUCAUUGAUAACUUCGUGAUGCCAGCUACAGACUUUAUUCCCGAUUUAGAAGAUAGAAAUACGUUUGGAAAAGGGAAUGGAAACUGUGCGAGUGGACAAGUGCGCCGGGGCCCACUUUGUGUGAAUGCGUGAAACAAAGUGCACAGUGUGUAUUAAAUUGACAGUUAUUUUAAUACUCCACAAAAACAUGAAUAUUUACAAUGAAAGAACGAUAUAGUAAUUCAUUGGGUUAGUUAUAUUCAGUUGGUUUUAUGUACAGAAUUAAGAACAUACAGAAUCCUCAUUCAGCGAUUAUUGUAUGGCAGUUCCGAAGCUCAUUGAUAACUCCGUAAUGCCAGCUACAGACUUUAUUCCUGAUUUGGAAGAUAGAAAUUCGUGUGGAAAAGGGAAUGGAAACUGUGGCAGUGGACAAGUGCGUCGGAGCCCACUUUGAAUAAUUGAGUAUUUACAAUGAAAGAACAAUAGGUAUAGUAAUUCAUAGUGUUAAUUGUAUUUAGUUGCUUUGAUGCAUAGAACAUACAGAAUCCUCAUUCAGCCAUUAUUUUAUGCAGUGCAUUGUGUUCAAAAACAGUAAAAACGCCCUGCGCUCGUCUCACUUUACACCCGCGGAAUGUUGCUAGCUCACAAACUUUUCUCCUUUUCCCAUUUUAUGGAAAAAAAUAAUUACUUUCAACUGUUAAAUGGAAUGAAUAACCGUUUGUUCGUACCGAUCGUAACCGUAGUCCUAUACACGGUUUUUGUAUGUUCUUAAAUCUGUGGUUUGAUGUUAUAAGUUUUAUCAAACGUUAAUCAACGUUAUCAACUUAUAGUCUGAAUCGCAGAGUCGCAAUUCUUUAAACUGUAGAAACUACACAGGAAGUUAUUAUUAGCGUUUUAAUUGCGUGCUCUGUUAGCAUUUAAUAUGCACGUCGCACAAAAGGAAUACUGAUUCAAACACUACCUUUUGCGGUUUAAGUACUGUGAGCAAGUACGCAGUUUUGUAAACAAUUUAAUAAGUAAGUUAUUUGCUCUGCAUUGCGCCUAAAUCGUUUAUAAUUAAUGUAAUUAUUUAUUGUGGUUGGAAGUUGUGAUAAUAAUUUGCUACUUUAGUGCUUAUGUUAAGUACUGAAAUGAUAGUUGUUUUAGAAUUGUGUUUUUGAGAAUGUUGAAUUGUAUGGAACAAUUGUUGUGUUAGGAAUGUUUUGUUAAUGAUCUCAGCAUGUAUUAUCUAAUUAUAUUUGUAAAUAGUUGUGUGGAAAUACGUUCAAUAAAGAUGGUGUGGAACAACUUUAUAUCUUAUUUUAAUUCAGCAGUAGGUACGACAUAUUUGAACGUUAACUCAGAAGUUAGUCAUUUAUUAACCGAUUUGAAAGUAUUUUCUUUUGUUUUUAACGUCGUACUUCCAAGGAAGUCCAUUUCCAUCUGACAAAAAUUGAUGGGUGAGAUCCUGGAGCAAUAAUCUAGAAAAAUAUUCAAAAAUAUAAGUCACUUAAAUCUGAAAUAAAUGCCCGGUUUACACUUUGAUA